AUGCAUAUCAACGAGAUGCUGGCGGACGCCGAGAAGACGGGCCAGCCGUCUUUCUCCUUCGAGUACUUCCCGCCCAAGACCACCCAGGGUGUCCACAACCUGUACGAUCGUAUGGAGCGCAUGUACAACUUUGGCCCCAAGUUCAUCGACAUCACUUGGGGUGCUGGCGGCACCAUUGCCGAGCUCACCUGCGAAAUGGUUGUCCAGGCACAGACCUACUUCGGGCUCGAGACCUGCAUGCACCUUACCUGCACCGAUAUGGGCGAGGGAAAGGUCAAUGACGCUCUGCAGAAGGCUUACAAGGCCGGCUGCACCAAUAUCCUGGCGCUACGAGGAGACCCGCCGAGGGAGAAGGAGAAGUGGACUGCCACGGAGGGUGGCUUUCAGUACGCCAGGGACCUGGUGCAACACAUCCGCAAAAAGUAUGGGAACCACUUCGACAUUGGUGUUGCUGGCUACCCCGAGGGAUGCGACGACAACAGGGACGAGGACCAGCUGCUGGACCAUCUGAAGGAAAAGGUCGACAUGGGUGCCACCUUUAUCGUCACCCAGAUGUUCUACGACGCCGACAACUUUGUCAGAUGGGUAGGCAAGGUGCGAGACAGAGGUAUUACUAUCCCUAUCGUACCCGGUAUCAUGCCAAUUGCCACAUACGCUAGCUUUCUUCGGAGAGCCAAGCACAUGAACUGCAAGAUCCCAGAGCAUUUCAUGGCAGCAUUGGAGCCGGUAAAGAACGACGAUCACGCGGUGCGAGAACUGGGCAAGACCUUGGUCGCUGACAUGUGUCGGAAAAUCCUGGCUGCUGGCAUUGUGCAUCUUCAUUUCUACACCAUGAAUCUUGCCCAGGCUACCCGCAUGGUUCUGGAGGAGCUUGAUUGGAUGCCGACCGACAACCGCCCCAGGAAGCAGGCCCUACCCUGGAAGCAGUCCCUUGGGCUCGGGCGCCGCGAGGAGGAUGUGCGCCCGGCUUUCUGGCGCAACCGCGGAAAGUCGUACGUUACACGAACUCAGGAGUGGGACGAGUUCCCUAACGGCCGUUGGGGUGAUUCUCGCUCUCCCGCCUUUGGAGAGCUCGAUGCCUACGGGAUCGGUCUUACUGGCACGAACGAGUCGAACCGGAAGAAAUGGGGAGAGCCAAAAUCAAUUCAAGAUAUCGCCAGCCUCUUUGUUCGAUACGUCGAACAGGAUCUCGAUUCACUACCGUGGAGCGAAGCCCCACUCACCAGCGAAGCCGACUCCAUCAAGCAGGACCUUAUUGAUCUAAACAAGCGCGGACUUUUGACAAUCAACUCACAACCUGCUGUCAACGGUGUCAAGUCUAACCACCCUGUCCAUGGAUGGGGCCCGCCCAACGGAUAUGUCUAUCAGAAGGCCUACCUCGAGCUCCUUGUCUCCCCCGAGGUCCUCCAACAGAUCUUGCCGCGCAUUCAUGAUCACCCCGACCUUUCCUACUACGCGGUGACAAAGACUGGGUCUCUGAAGACAAACGCGCCAUCUGAAGGCCCUAACGCCGUUACCUGGGGUGUUUUCCCGGGCAAGGAGAUCGUGCAGCCUACCAUCGUCGAGAGCAUCAGCUUCCUCGCGUGGAAGGAUGAGGCUUUCCGAUUGGGAGUCGACUGGGCGCACUGCCACGAGUCUGGCACGCCCAGCCGGGCCUUGAUUGACGAGAUCAUGAAUGAUUGGUAUCUGAUCAACAUUGUAAACAACGAUUUCCACCAACCACGAACGAUUUUUGAACUUUUUCAGGGUCUUACGGUAAAGGGUCUCAAUGAAGAGGUUAUUGUGCCUCCUACCGAGACAAACGGCGUUCAAGCAGAGGCGCUGGAUUAG